AUGAACUUUGGCUCACAGCAGUACCAGUUCAAUCUCGGGAACUUCAAUAGCGCGUCUUUUGCCACAAACAAUGGUUCCAACACGUCCUCAUCUUCCACAUCAUCCACAUCAUCCACAUCAUCCACAUCAUCCACAUCUGCAGGUCCUUUGGUGAACCAAACUUCCACUGUUCCACCACCUCCACAACAACAGCAACAACAGCAACAACCCUCUAUGCCCAUGCACAGCCCACACCCAUCUAUGGCUCCUAUGAGCUCUUCUUCUACUACUACUUCAUCUUCAAUGCCUGGAGGUAUCCUCUCAACAGCCGCGACGCCAUCACCAAUCAUUCCAAACGCGGGCUUUGGGCCCAUGGCUCAGGCCUCCAUGAUCGGUCCACGGCCUGGAUCUGCUACUGCCCAUUCUCCAGUUGGCUCGGCUCUUUCUCCUAGCAUGGCCUCAGCCCUCCCCCUGGCGUCUUCUCCUUCAAAUCCCAAUGCAACAAACAAUGCCGCACAGUCACAAGCAAAUAUGGUGGCUACACAACAAAUCGAAUACCAACAGAGACUAAGAAUGCACCAAAACAGUGCCGCCAUUAAAAUGAGAUUUGCGCAACAGUCGCAACCACCACCACCACCACCACCACCACAACAACAACAACAACAACAACAGCAACAGCAACAGCAACAGCAACAGCAACAGCAACAGCAACAGCAACCACAACAGCAACAGCAACAGCAACAGCAACAGCAACAGCAACAGCAACAGCAACAGCAACAGCAACAGCAACAGCAAUCACAACCACAAUCACAAUCACAAUCACAAUCACAACCACAACCACAACAACAACCGCAACAACCGCAACAACCAAACACACCUACAAGCCAGUCUCCCUUCAUGAGUAGAGAACGUAACUCUUCUUCAGGUAGUCUUAAUGAUAUGUUUGCAAUAAACUCGCCUAUGGGAAGUCGCAAAAAUAGCGAUGAUAACAUAGCUCAGUAUAACAAACAGCACAAUCAACAACAGUCCUACAUGUUUGGGCUCACUGAACAACAGCACCUUUUGUGCCGACAACGCAUUGCAUUAGUACUAGAAAUCAACAAUGAAUUGUUUCGUUUUGCCAUGAUUGCCACGGGAAACUAUGCGGAUCCGGCUAUGAGUCUACUUGAAACAGCUCCCAAGUCAGCAAAUCUGCAGAUCCAAAACACAGCUCCUACCGGUCAGGCCAACGAGAGCAUGUUCCUCAACUGUCUGCGCCGACUUCAGGCCAAUAUUACAUUUCUGAUCCAUCUCACAACAGCACUUUCUAACCCAACCUCUGUUGAAAGUAACCCAGCAUCUGCUAUGAAUUUGUUUCCACAGAUCCUGACGCAUCCUAUGGAAGUUCCCUCGCUCACUGAUAGUUAUAGAGCUCUUCAAGGGUUGUUUCCAGAAGUUAUGGCACUUAUGCAACAGCAGCUCAAGAAAAAGCAGCAACAACAAUUGCAGCAGCAGCAACAGCAAUCCCCUCAAGGCAUGGGUCCAUCGUCACCUGCAAAUAUGAGUUUCCAACAAAAACCACCAGUUAAUAUUCCUCAGCAGCAGCAACAACAACAACAAAUCAACAAUGGUCCUAAACCCACACAAAUCCUACAACAACCUAAUCAAAUUCAGCAUCCUAUCCAGCAUCAAUCUAUUCCACAACAACAGCAAAGACCUCCGCAAAUGUCCCAGCAAGGUCCUAACCAAGCACCAUCUUCUGGUACACAGACUGGCAAAAAUUCCAAUGACAAUAACAACAAUAAUGAUAAUGAUAAUAAUAAUAAUAAUAAUAAUAAUAAUAAUAAUAACAAUAACAAUACUAAUAAUAACAAUAACAACAACAAUCCUAUUUCUAGUCCUAAUCCCAAUCCCAAUCCCAAUCCCAAUCCCAAUCCCAAUCCCAAUCCCAAUCCCAAUCCCAAUCCCAAUCCCAAUCCCAAUCCCAAUCCCAAUUCCAGCCCCAAUUCCAAUUCCAGUCCCAAUCCCAAUCCCAAUCCCAAUCCCAAUCCCAAUCCCAAUCCCAAUCCCAAUCCCAAUCCCAAUCCCAAUCCCAAUCCCAAUCCCAAUCCCAAUCCCAAUCCCAAUCCCAAUCCCAAUUCCAGCCCCAAUUCCAAUUCCAGUCCCAAUUCCAAUUCUAAUCUCAAUUCCAAUUCUAAUUCCAAUUCUAAUCCCAAUUCUAAUCCCAAUUCCAAUUCCAAUCCCAAUCCCAAUUCCAAUUCCAAUCCCAAUUCCAAUUCCAAUCCCAAUUCCAAUCCUAAUCCUAAUCUUAACCCCAAUCCCAAUCCUAACCCCAAUCCUAAUCCCAAUAACGGGCCUGGACCUAGUGCUCAAAAUCUGCAGAGUAUCCAGCAAGUCCUUCAGACGAUGCAUGAGAUGAAAAACACGGGUAAUUACACAAACCUAAGGGGCAGUAUAUCUGCACUAUUACAGCUUGGUCUUACACUGAGCCAGAUACAAGCGGCUAUUUUGGCUGUGGGGAUUAAUAUUGGACAAAAUGGACUUCCUAACGGUAGCCAAAAUACAAGCAAUAUGAAUAACAGUAAUAAUAACAUGGGCGGGAACAUAAACAAUACGAAUAAUAGUCAUAAUACUAAUAAUAACAAUAUGGAUAAUAUGAAUAACAUGGGGAACUACCAACGACAGCAACAGCAACAGCAACAGCAACAACAACAACAGCAGCAACAACAACAACAACAGCAGCAACAGCAGCAACAGCAGCAACAACAACAACAGCAACAACAGCAACAACAGCAACAACAGCAACAACAGCAACAACAGCAACAACAGCAACAGCAACAGCAACAGCAACAGCAACAGCAACAGCAACAGCAACAGCAACAGCAACAGCAACAGCAACAGCAACAGCAGCAAUAA